GCGCGUGUGCUCACUCGCUCUUCUCCUUCACCGUGUAUUUCGCAACUGGCAAAAAAAAGCACCAGUAGCAGGCAGAAGUGUCAUAACCUCUCUCUCUCUCUCUCUCUCUCUGCGCUCUGAAACCCUAACUCACUGAGUCGACGUAUUGGAUUGAAGAAUCCGAUGCCGGCGCCGGAAAGCGACGCCGUUCGGCGACUGAUGGAGGCUAUCUCGUCUCUACUCGACCGUAUUCCCAUGCUUCUGAGUUUCAAGUCGAAAUGGUCUCUGAUUCGCGCCAAGCUUGUCGAUCUCAAGACUCAGCUCUCUGAUUUCACUGAAUUUGAUGGGUCGUCCUCGAACCUGCUCGCGCUCGAGCUUCUCCGGUCGGUUCGGGAGACGCUGGCGGAUGCGGUCCCUGUCGCGGCGAGGUGCGAGGGGUUGGAUUUGGUGGAGGGGAAGCUCAAGACGCAGAGCGAGGUCGACUCGGUCAUUGCGAGGUUCGAUUGUCAUGUGAAGGAUGCUGAGGUUCUGAUCAAGAGCGGGGUUCUCCAGGGCGACGUCGCCGUCGUUUCUGGAGGUUCGAUUUCGUCGAAGAAGGAAGCGGUUCGUGUGGAGGCGAGGAAUCUGGUGACGAGGUUGCAGAUUGGUGGACCCGAGUCGAAGAACUCGGCGAUGGACUCGUUGCUCGAAUUGUUACAGAAGGAUGACAAGAACGUGAUGAUCGCCGUUGCUCAGGGGGUUGUGCCUGUUCUGGCUCGUCUACUCGAUUCGAGCUCGUUGGUUAUGAAGGAGAAGACUGUAGCCGCCAUCUCAAUAGUUUCCAUGGUUGAUAGCAGCAAACAUCUGUUGAUAGCUGAAGGGUUGUUCUUACUGAACCAUCUCCUUCGCGUUCUGGAAUCAGGAAGCGGUUUCGCAAAGGAGAAAGCUUGCAUUGCUCUGCAAGCACUGAGUUUCUCGAAGGAGAACGCGAGAGCGAUCGGUUCCAGAGGUGGAAUCUCAUCGCUGUUGGAAAUCUGCCAAGCCGGGACUCCCGGUUCGCAGGCUCUCGCGGCCGGUGUUCUGAGGAACAUCGCUUCAUUUGCCGAAACCAAAGAGAAUUUCGUUGAGGAAAACGCCAUUUUCGUCCUGAUUUCUCUAGUUUCUUCAGGUACGCCUCUUGCUCAAGAGAGUGCUGUAGGGUGUUUGGCUAAUUUGACAUCUGGGGACGAGAAUUUGAGGGUGUUGGUUGUCAGAGAAGGAGGAAUUGAGUGCCUAAAGAGUUUCUGGGAUUCUGUUUCUAUUGCUAAAUCCCUUGAAGCAGCACUUGAUCUUCUCAAGAACUUAGCUUCGUGCCCUGCUGUCAGAGAAGUUCUGAUCUCAGAGGGAUUUAUCCCUCGGGUGGUUUUGGUGUUGAGAUGUGGCAUUUUGGCUGUGAGAAUGGCUGCCGCUGAGGCUGUUUCUGCGUUGGGUUUCAGCUCGAAAACCCAAAAAGAAAUGGGUGAAUGUGGCUGCAUUGGUCCAUUGAUUGACAUGUUAGAUGGCAAGGCCGUGCAGGAGAAAGAAGCAGCUUCCAAGGCAUUAUCUACCCUCUUGGUCUGCACGAGCAACAAAAGAGUUUUCAAGAAGAGCGAGAAAGGGAUACAUAACCUUGUUCAGCUUUUGGACCCGAAGAUCAAGAAUUUGGAUAAGAGAUACACUGUCUCUGCGUUGGAAUUGCUCGUGACCUCGAGGAAAUGCAGGAAACAGAUCGUGGCUGCUGGUGCUUGCUUGCAUUUGCAGAAGCUCGCCGAGAUGGAUGUUGAAGGAGCCAAGAAGUUAGCAGACAGCCUCGCCCGGAGUAAGAUUUGGGGUGUUUUCGCAAGGCCGUAAAGGUGGAAGAAGAUCAUGGACACAUAUUAACCUGUAUGUAAGAAGAUUAGUUGUGUUCUCUGGCAUUUGAUUCUUGUUCUUUCUGUUUGUGUUGUCUGUUGAUUUCUUGUCCAUAAGUCUUUCACUGAUUGAAGUAGGGGGGGAGGGGGGGGGG